AUGCAGUCAUUGCCUCAGGCUCAGUUCAAGUGGAUCAUGGUCUACCAGUGCCAACUCACCAAGUUUGUCAUACUUCGAGUACUUACAUCAAAGAGAGGUACCGAAGUUAGCCUUCAUCUGCUUAACAUAUUAUUUCUGUUUGGAGCUUCUGCCAUUCUGCAAAGUGGCAAUAGUUCUGAAUUCACAGUUAAAGUCAUUUCAGAGUUGAAAGAACUCAUCAUGGUUCAUGGGAAACCAAGACAUCCACAAAGCCAGGUUUCAGUAGAACGAGCCAAUGGUAACAUCAAGGACAUGUUGCAUGCAUGGAUGGCAGACAACAAGACACACGAAUAG